AGCCGCCCGCUCCCGCCCCGCCCCACCUCCGCGCCGCCAGCCCGCACCGCUGAGGGGCAGCGGCGGGAGCGGCGCCUCCGGGAUGCGGCGGGGAGCGGGGCCGAGGCCGCGGCGGCGAUGGCGAUGGCUGCUGCUGGCGGCUCUGCUGGGGGCUGCGUGCUGCGCCGCGGCGGGGGGCGGCGGGCGGCGGCGGGCGGCCAGCCUGGGCGAGAUGCUGCGGGAGGUGGAGGCGCUGAUGGAGGACACGCAGCACAAGCUGCGCAACGCGGUGCAAGAGAUGGAAGCUGAAGAGGAAGGGGCAAAAAAACUUGCGGAAGUAAACUUUGAAAACUUACCUCCCAACUAUCAUAAUGAGUCCAACAGGGAGAUCAGAAUUGGUAACAAAACUGUUCAGACUCAUCAAGAAAUUGAUAAGGUUACAGAUAACAAAACUGGAUCAACAGUUUUUUCUGAGACAGUUAUUACGUCUGUAAGAGAUGGAGAAAACAAAAGAAAUCAUGAGUGUAUCAUUGAUGAAGACUGUGAAACAGGGAAAUACUGCCAGUUCUCCACCUUUGAAUACAAGUGUCAGCCCUGUAAAACCCAGCAUACACACUGCUCACGGGAUGUUGAAUGCUGUGGAGACCAGCUUUGCGUGUGGGGUGAGUGCAGGAAAUCCACUUCAAAAGGAGAGAACGGCACCAUUUGUGAGAACCAACACGACUGCAACCCUGGAAUGUGCUGUGCUUUUCAGAAAGAACUGCUGUUCCCUGUGUGCACUCCACUGCCCGGAGAAGGUGAACCCUGCCAUGAUCCCUCCAACCAGUUCCUCAACCUGAUCACCUGGGAACUGGAACCCGAUGGGGUACUUGAGCGAUGCCCGUGUGCAAGUGGCUUGAUCUGCCAACCUCAGAGCCACAGCACUACAUCUGCGUGUGAACUGUCUGCCAACGAAACCAGAAAUAAUGAAAAAGAAGAUUCCUUACUGGUGGAUGAGAUGCCAUUUCUCAGCUUGAUUCCCAGAGAUCUUCUCUCUGAUUAUGAAGAAAGCAGUGUCAUUCAGGAAGUGCGUAAAGAAUUAGAAAGUCUGGAGGAUGAAGCAGGUUUGAAGCCGGAGCCUGACUCCGUUCCUGACCUGCUUUUGGGAGAUGAAAUUUAAAGUCCAAACACCAGACAGUUUAGUUAGUUAUUUCUAGAAAUUUUUGUCUAGUGUCUUGCUUAUAUAAACCCUAAACACAUACUGCUGGAUAGAAGUGCAAUAAACAGGGUCUUCAGUGGGCAUCCUUCUCUGUGCAACAAACCUGUAUGUUCAAAUUAUUGAUGAAUUCAUUCAAUCUUUGGACCAAACCUUCUGUCAAAGGCAAAUGAGAAAUAUAUCAGUGUUGCUUCUGCAUUAACACUUUCCCCUUGUACAUUAGAAAUAAACUUAUCAGUACUUGUACUCAUUAAAAAAUACACAUAAGCAUA